AUGGCUCAAAAAGUUGCUAUCAUCAUCUACUCCAUGUACGGCCACGUCGCCGAAAUGGCUGAAGCUGAAAAAAAGGGGAUCAUCAGGGCUGGUGGUCAAGCUCAAAUCUACCAAGUCCCAGAAACUUUAUCCCCAGAUGUCUUGAAAUUGAUGCAUGCUGCUCCAAAACCAAACUACCCAAUUGCUACCAAAGAGACUUUGACUGAAUACGACCACUUCUUAUUCGGUAUUCCAACCAGAUUCGGUAACUUCCCAGCUCAAUGGAAGGCUUUCUGGGAUCAAACCGGUGGUUUAUGGGCUGGUGGUGCUCUACAUGGUAAGACUGUUGGUAUGUUCGUCUCUACUGGUACCGGUGGUGGUAACGAAUCUACCAUCAUGAAUUGUUUGUCUACCAUUGUUCAUCACGGUAUGAUCUUUGUUCCAUUAGGUUACAAGACAGCCUUCCCACAAUUGACCAACUUGGAAGAACCACACGGUGGUUCCCCAUGGGGUGCUGGUACUUUUGCCGGUGCUGAUGGUUCUAGAAUGCCAACCGACUUGGAAUUGAAGAUUGCUUCUAUCCAAGGUGAAGCUUUCUACUCUACCAUUGCCAAUAUGUGA